AUGCAUGUGGAGUUCCGCAUUUCCUGCAUUGAAGGCAUGUGCGCCUUUGACGCCGAGAGCUUUAUUCGCAUGCACCAAUUGAACGAUCGCUCUCAGCAAGAAGUAGAAGCGAAGCGGACGCUUGUCCAACUACCAGAAGGGGGCAAUUGCACGGGAAGGAAAUUUCAUCCUUAUGUAAAGCUACAACUGGUCUUUGAAAACCUUGUCUGCAUUGAAAGUUCUGUAUUUCGUGGAAGCGUUGAACGUCAGCAGCAUGAAAAGCAAGUAAAAACGAACUGGGACGCGAGCGAGAUUCGCACAAAGCGAUACUUUAGCUGUAUUGGAGAGGCCAUUGUUGCCUCGCUCCCCUUCUUUGUUGCUGAACGUUAUGUAAAAAUACGCCUCAUACAACUUGCACCGGAGUUUGGUAGAGAAGAAUUGGCGUCGAUUAAAGCCACAUAUCCCGCUUUUCUCCGUUUGCAGGAGAGCAGCCUUUGCCUUGGCGUGGCAAAGCUCGGCAUGCGAGAGCUUCUCAUUUCGAACGGCGGUGUCAGUGUGACACUUCAGCCUAAGCAGAGCAUGAUUUCAGCGGUGGAAGCCCUUAAUCUCAAUACUGUUGCCACAAAAGGUAUGUUUGGGGAGGAUGUUGGAGGAAGCGCUGUGUUGACAGUACAGACAUCCAGUAUCGUUUUUGGCCAAAAAUCGCUACCAACGUUGCUUUUUCCUGCACGUAGGAACACUGGUGGGCUCUCCGCUGCCACGCACGCCGUGAAUGCAGGAAUUGGCUCGCAUGAUGUUGCUGAAACGGAUUGGGGUGUGGAAAAACUUGCCGAACUGCGGCAACAAAUGAGUUCCUCGGCGGUUCACUUUGUGCUUGUGCCGUACAUGGUGUUGAUUCACACCGUGCUCUGCUUGAACGAUGCUGUAUCGUGGCGGCACACCGCGAGGACGCUUCUGCUUCUUUGCAUUGUAUUGUUUGUGUUUAUUACUGACGUGGUGGAGAUUGGGCUAAUACUUUGCCUCGUUGUGGAGGCGAUUUUGAUACUACGCACGACUGUUCUGUUUUAUCGAAUGCCUUCCCAUGUAAAUCCAACUAUGGAUGCGGUGUUUCCUUUGGUGGAUCGAGGCGAUGACUUUCAGGCGGUGUUGUACGGAUGCCAGAAUCACAUUAUCAACGGUAUGGUGCGUGCGCGGCUUUUCUUUUCGCAGGGCCUCCAAGCGGAUUGCUACUUUGAGCUGGUUUUUGUUUUUAGUCGCAUGCGUCGUGCCAGGCGAUGGCUGCUGCCGUGUUUGGUGACAACGUUGGUUGCCUCACUUGUUUUUUCCGUGGAGACGUUAUUUCUGCUUUUCAUCUUGGCUGCCUUUCUGAUUCAUCCUCUGACGCUGCGGGUGCCUCCGUCUCAUCUGCGUAAAAUAUGGAGGCGCCGAUUGCCUUUGAGGGUUAUCUGGAAGGCACUGACGUUGUGUCGUCCAAUGCGAGUGUCACGGCUGGUGCUGGUCACCGACGUGGGGAAGGGAGAGCCGUUGCGGCGUAGUUCGUUGUCCGCCACGCCAUUUGUAUCUCCAAGUCCGACGCGUAGCCUCAUUAAUUUCCCUGCCGCCACUCAGCCGCAUCCCAUGUUGAAUGACGCGGAUACUCAUUGCGGCACGGUGUGUCUAGGCGUUUCACCUGACAAAUCAAGCGGGCAAUCUAGGCAUGCAGGGGAGCGGGGUCCCUUUUCACGUGUGAAUUCGCAAACCGCCAGGUUCCUGGGCAAUUCUGCCGCAGGGGAGAAGUCUACUCUAAGUGCUGCGGUUGCCGGUAACCAUUUUCAGUCACACUGCGCUUCGCCGAAAAUGUUUUCUUGGUCCUGCGGCGAGACGCUUAAGUACGACGCACAACAUAAUCCACUACUUAAUCUCGCCCUCAUUGUCAUCACCACUGAUGCAAUGCCCGCAAGCAGUAAUAAGGUGAAUACUUCAGGUAACAACGGUGGAAACAGUUUGAUUGUUCAAAAAUUGCGUCGAGUUCUGCAGCGAGCGAGGACACUUGAACGUCCUCCACCGUCCAAUUUGCAGCGGGAACAGUACCAAGCAUAUUUUAGCUGUGUGGUACCAUUUCUGCAGUUUCUUCGACGACAGUGCACACUCAGGGUAUAUGUGACUCCAUCUUCUUCUUUGACGUCUUCCCCUACGUCAGACACGGGGAACAUGGUAAGGCUGGAUCAGUUGGCAAAUCUUUCCUACCUGGUGGACAAGGGAGAGGAUGAUGGCAUUACCUCCACACUACUGGCCCAUUCGUCGCAACAGGUGGUUUUGGGGAAACUGUCACCGCUCGAUCAUAUUGAUAGCAGCGCUCGAGGCUUUGCUUUGCUAGCUGCGUAUGUGCUUCAAGGGUCACGUUUUUCUAUCUACAACAGACCGGGUAACAAAGGCUGUGGGAUGAUUAUUCCCCUCAAGGUGGGAUCCAACGACAUUGAAGUAGCUCCAGAGCCACAUCCCUGUCCUCCGUCCCUUCAGAAGGCACUGAUAGACAUCUGGAAAGGUUGGGCAGAUGGAGAACCGCCAAUUUUUAUCAAUACCGAUGUCGUUAUGAACAUUAUCGCUACGCAUAAGGAAUUCUGGGGGAGCGGUGACACGGAUGCGAUGAGUGCGAAGGACUACAAAAACAUGAUGGCGUUACAGGAGUACGGUGAGACGGCGCGAGACACGUCAAAACGAAUUCUUUCUACCUUUAGCGCACCUUCAUUCGGGUGCAAGCGACAACGUGUCACUAACGCUUCUGGUCUGAAUCCUGAACCCUCACCGGCGCUCUCGGCGGUGGGCGGACAAAAAAAUCCGGAGGCGGGUCCAAGCUUGCUUGAUGAAGAAAAGUCCUCUGGAACCCUGGGAAUCUUUUCUGGAAGACCUCAGACGUUUCACCACGCUACGCGGUCGUGGGCGUACAGCACGCCUACUCUGCAAUGCUCAAGUCAGCGCCAACGGUCAGUGCCGCGUCUUAGUCAGGAGAAUACGAGCACCAUGGAGGAAAUAUUUGGAGCAACACUUCCUAGCCGUGAAGUUCUGCAGCUUGAUGGCGUGCCACACGUGGGAGCCGGGUCAAGUACGCCAGGGACAAAAUAA